AUGAAUGAGGAUAGUAUGAGCGUUGGCGAUGUUAGGCAUUUGGUGCAACAAGAAAUACGUAAAGGCGACGUCAUUUCACCACAUCGGGCAAUAAUGACUCUUUCUAAAAGUAUGUUUAAUGCUGGUUGCUUUUCGUUGCCGUAUGCUUGGAAACUUGGUGGUUUAUGGAUGUCUUUGGCAUUAAAUUUCGUCAUUGCGGGCUUUAAUUGGUAUGGAAAUCAUAUUCUUGUCAGGUCUUCACAACACUUGGCGAAGAAGUCAGAACGUAUUUCACUUGAUUAUGGUCAUUUUGCAAAGAAAGUCUGUGAUUUUAGUGAUAUAAGGAUAUUGCGGAAUAAUAGCAAAAUUAUUAUGUAUAUAGUAAAUAUCACUAUACUAUUCUAUCAGUUAGGCAUGUGCAGUGUUGCAAUAUUGUUUAUAGCAGAUAAUAUGAAUCAUUUAUUGGGGGAUUAUAUUGUGGGUGGUGUCAAAGUAAUGGCUCUUAUUUCAUUUGGUAGUACCCAUUCUUGUGCUGAAUAUGUUCACGGAAAUGCGUCUGCUCAGUGUGUUUGCGAUGGUUUCAUCUGUGUUUUUCUAUUGGGUGCUUUUGUUAUUGUGCAGUUCACAGUACGGCAGCCAAAUCAUUGGAAAGAACUUCCUGCUGUAACUAACUUUACUGGUGUCAUCAUGUUCGUUGGAAUGACGAUGUAUGCUUUUGAGGGACAAACAAUGAUUCUACCAGUGGAAAACAAACUUGAAACACCGGAAGAUUUUCUAAGUAAUUUUGGAGUAUUACCAACAACAAUGUGCCUUUGUACAUUAUUCAUGAUUGCAAUUGGUUUUUACGGUUAUACGGCAUUUGGACCAAAUACACAGCCAACUAUCACUAUGAAUGUGCCGAAAGAGGGGUUAUAUUCAACGAUUAAUGUAUUUCUGAUGUUGCAAUCGAUGCUCGGGUAUUCCGUUGCUAUGUAUGUCAUACUGGAUAUGUUUUUCAAUGGUUUCCAUCGGAAAUUUACAAAUCGUUUUCCAAAUAUUUCAAAAACAGUUGUCGAUAAAGGAUUCAGAAUAUUUUGGGUGUCUAUUACAGUGUUGUUGUCUAUAAGUAUACCUCACCUAGAAAUCAUGAUACCUUUGGUCGGAGUAACAAGCGGCACACUUUGUGCUCUUAUAUACCCGCCAGUAUUUGAAAUGAUAACAUUCUGGAAUGAUUGGAAGGUUUCGCUUAACACUUAUCAAAGAUGUUUGAAAAUCUCAUGGAACAUUUGUGUUAUAAUUACGGGACUUUUCGCAGUUAUUGCUGGAAUAUAUGCAAAUUUUUUGACUAUCCUCGAAAAGCUGCAGACGACGGAGUAG